AUUUGAAAGAUAAUUUGAAUAUGCAAAUAUAUAUAUUCAAAGUUGUUAGAUAUUUGUUAAGUUUCCUUAAUUUUUGUUAUUAAUAUAUUUUUAUAUAAUCAAAAAAUUGUAUCAAAACCAUUAUAAAAUAUAUUGCCAUAGUUAGGCUAGAUUUUAGGGAGUGUAGUUAUUAAUAUUAAUAUGUCAAACAAAAAUAUUAUAGUGUAUAGUUUUUUUUUUUUUUAAAUCCACCUAAAAACAAAUUGAGUCUAGAGUUGUGGUUCUAUUUUAAUAGUACUGAGUUGCAGUGUAGUAUAUAGUAUAGUUUCACUACAUGUUUGAACAGUUUCAUAUUAGCUGUUUAUUUUCACCAAUUUCAUAUUGUUAGUUAACUAAAUAUAACAAAUGAUAAUUGUCAUUUUUACGAAAAUAUAAAAUACAAACACAUCAAAAUGAGAUUUGAAAUUAAAUUCAAACUUAACUUUGCCAAAGAUAUGCGCGUCCGUUACAAAAUCAUUUGACCUAAAAGAUCAACUCAACUUUGACCGAAAAAGGAGAAAGAAAGAUCAGCUCAACGAACAGAAAACAAAAACAAUCAAGAUAUAAAACACCAUCCACCUAUUUAACAAUAAUCUCAAACCCUAAAAAAAGAAUAAAAAGACAAAAUUCUUAUCUUUUCCUUUUUGAGUCCACUUCUAUAUAUAUAUAUAAACCUCGUGUUCCCUUGUACCAAAACAAAUCCAACACAAAGAAAACAAUAAACAACAAACACUUUCAAAGAAAAUAAUAUAGAAAUAAUGAAGCAAUCACUUCUUUCCAUCUUAAUACUUCUACUAUCAUCAUCAUUUGCACCCAUCCACGCCCGCAACAAACCACAGCCGAAGUCUCCUUCACCCGUAGCUGCUCCAGCUCCAGGACCGUCAAAUUCUGAUUGCUCCAGCAUUAUAUAUGACAUGAUGGAUUGUCUCUCGUACCUUACCCCUGGAUCAAAUGAUACUAAGCCCACAAAAGUUUGUUGUGGGGGAAUUCUAUCUGUUCUACAAUAUAACCCUAAGUGUAUUUGCGUUGGUUUAGAAAGUAGCAAAACUAUGGGGUUUGCAGUGAAUAACACUAGAGCUCGUGCCAUGCCUACGACUUGCAAGCUCACCAUUGUUGCUCCUCAUUGCGCAAUCCUGGACGAGGCGACACCGGCUGCAUCUAUUGCUGUUUCUCCUUCGGCUGGAACACCUAUGACUUCGCCAUCUUCGGGCGGGUCACCAACAUCUUCACCAUCUUUGGCUGAGUCGCCGGUCAUGACUGCACCGUCUCCCUCAAGUUCUGGCACCAACCACCUCUCAGUUUCAACACUGACCCUCGUUUCCGUUAUAGUUUCUUCUGUAACAUAUAUUUCGUUUUUAUUUUAAUUAAUUACAGCUUCACUCGUUUUCAUAUAUAUUUUCUACUGAGUUUUAUGGUUGUCAAUUUGUCAUUUGAAGACAUGUGAUGCUGUUUUUAUCCGUGCCACAUUCGUAUAUAUCUACUUGGGAUUUGUGUCUUGUUUUCUCUUAAAAAACAAAUGUGCUGGCUGCACAAUUCCCCGAAAUUUACCAACUCCAUACAGUAACAAAUUUCUCAACUUCAUACACUAACAAAAAUACUCCCUCUGCUACAAAAAUGUCUAUAUUUUUUUAUAGAAAAUUUGUUUAAAAAAUCCAUAUUUUAUAUUUUUAAUACAUUAUUUAAUGAUAAAUUGUAAACUUCAAAAAAUAAUAAUUGGAUUGACGAGGUAUUUCUCCACGUGAAAUAUUGUAUAACAUCAAAUAUCUUCCAAACAAUGCCCACAUUCUACAUAUCCUUGAAUUUAAAGUCCAAAAUCGUAUCCCACAAAUUGAAAGUUCAAAACUCCAAAUCCCCCGGAAUCAAAGUUCGCAACUCGAGACACCAUAUACUUUAAUUACAUUGGUUUAAAGAUAGUUUAGUAUUUUUGUAAUCAAACCAUAAACCUUAUACAUCAGAUUUAAAAUCAAACUAAUACCCUUUGAAGGGUUGACGAGCUAUUUUUGACGGGUAUUAAUUUGGUUUUUAAAUCUAAUUUAUAUGGUUUAUAGUUUGAUCAGAAAACGUUAAACCCUAUUUAAACCAAUGUAAUUGAAGACUAUGGGUUUUGGAGUUCCGAACUUUAAUUUCAGGUGGUUUGGAGUUUUAAUUUGAACCAUCGCACAAAUUUAAUUAAUUUAUGGGUUCACACACAAUAGUGUCAAGAAGUAUUUUAAUUCGCGAUCAAAUUUCACUUAAAAUUUAAGUUUCCAGCUUAAAUUUUAACUUUUCACUUAAUUCGCGUGAAGUCUUUCGAGAAGUCUUCCGAGAAGUCUGCUUGAGAGGUCUUCCAAAAAUUGAGCUUGAUAAGUCUUCCGAGAAUUCUGCUUGAAAAGACUCUUUAAGUCUGAAAAUGUGCAUAUCCAAAACGUUUAUAUGGCUUCAAAACAGAGAAAAACUUCAAAAAUAAAACUUUCAUGCUUAAUAUUAAAUAAAACAAUUACAUUAGGUUAAAUCUAUACCUUUUUCGAAUCUAACAUAUAAAAUACACAAAAUACAUAUUCAAAAUUUAUAGACCUACCUUCAAAAGAGUGGAAGAUGAAAACAAUGAAUAAAAAUCUGCAAAACAAGAUAAAGUAGUAAGAAAGACAUGAUACAAAGAGAUGAGAAACUGAUAUAAAAUUUGGUAUGUUCGAGUUCAAAGAGAUUAAAAAGAGAUUUGAGAAUUUUAGAGUGAGAAACAUUACAUUUUUGUUGCAGCCAUUUGAAAGGAAGAUAGAGAAUGUGUACAUUUUUUAUAUUUAAGGAGACAAAAAUUUUAACUAGGUUAAAUAUUUUUGGUUCAAAAAGUUUUCUAGUAUAAAAUACACUAGAAGACUUCCCAUAAGUUUUCUAAACCCCAAAUUUACUAUUCGUCUCAAAAAACUUUCCAAGAAAAUUUCUCCAUAAGUGCUAAAGAAAUCCGAAGUACAACUUGAAAAAUCUGCAUAUCCAAAAAUAGAAUAAAUUUAUAACAAAGAAAAACUUCAAAAAUAAUUAUUUUUUUUCUUAAAUGAUAAAUAAAACAACCAGAUUAGGUUAAAUCUGCAAUUUUUUUAGAAUCUAACAUAUAAACACACACAAAAAUACAAAUCCAAAAUUUAUAGAUCUAGUUUUAGAAGAGUGCAAGAUAAUAAACAUGAUGAAAUGAAAAACCUGCAUAAACAAGAUAGGGUAGUGAGAAAUACAUGAGACAAAAAGAUGAUAAAAUGAUAUAAAGUUUGGUGUCUUCAAGAUCAAAGAGAUUAGAGAGAGGUUGGAUAGUUUUAGAGUGAGAAACAUUACAUUUUUGUUACAGUCAUUUGAUAAAAAGAUAAAAUAUGUAAAUUUUCUUUAUAUAUAUAUAUAUUUUUUUGUCGUCAACUAUAACAGACUCAAACUGACUCUGUAAACCAAACUGGUAACUCCGCAUCCAUGUGAACGACGAAAGACGAUUGCUUACUAGCAAUGUGUGCUAUACUAUCCGCCUUUGAAUUCUGCGUUUUUGGUACAUGAAUGAUCUCCGAGCUAAGAAAAUUUUCCCUCAUGGUUUUUAUGUUUUCCAAAUAAUUUGCAAAAGCUGGUCAUUUAUCUGGUUGUGAAACCAUCUUUACCACUUGAGAACAAUCUGUUGCAAACAUAAAAUGUUUUAAAUAUAUAAGAAGACAAAAUUCCAUUUAGGUUAAAUAUUUUUGAUUAGGAAGUCGUCUAACAUAAAAUGCAAAAAGUCUUCUAAACCCUAAAUUUACAAUUAGUCUGAGAAGACCUCCCAAAAAAUAUUCUAAUGUAUUAUAUGUUAGAAAACAUCACAAGAAGUCUUCUAAAUCUUAAAAUCAAAUAACUAACUACAUAGCAAUGAACACUUCGUUAAACAUAAAAUCAACUUAUAAAGUGUUUAAUAUAUACAAAAGUAAACACAUAUAUGACAAAUUUAAAUUUCUUAAAAAUGUAAGAUUCAAUAAUUAACCUAAAAACAAAUAAUAUUACAACAUAUGUUACCAAACCCUAAACAAGAACAAUCAUGAGUUACAAUAUAUAUUAACCCAUCUAUAUUGAAAACAAUUUAAUUUUAGUAUAUCUAAAUUUACAUCAUUUAGAAUGGUUUAUAAUUAAAUGAUUUCAAUUUUUUUAAUAAAUUUUAUAAAUUAUUUAUAAGAUUAAAUACACGAGAAGACUUCUAGAAUACUUUACUAACCUCAGAAGACGUCGCAUGAUUAUAAUCGUAAAAGUGAUUAUAUAUUUUUGGUUUGGUCAUAAGGAAAUGGUUAUAUCAUAUGUGUUAUAAACAAAAUAAUUACCUUUUAGGUUACUUUUUCAUUUUUUGACAAAUUCCCCUUAAAAUAGUUGUCUAUUAUUGAUUUUGUCAAAUAGUAUAUAUAUGUCAUACUGAUUCCUUUUAAAUGAAUUUUUUCUUUGCUAGUUGACUUUAUUUUGGGCGAAAUUUUAAAAUCUUUUUUGUUUUAAAUUAUUGCAGUAUAGAUUUUUGUAAAUAAUUUGUAUUCUGUUUUAAAAUUUUAAUAUUAUUAAUUUUGAAAAAUAGCAUGUAUUUCAAGUUGAUUAUUUCUAAUGAAUUAUGUUUUGUUAGUUUACCUUAUUUUGUACAGAAUUUUAUUUUAUUGUCA